CCAUGGAGAGCAGUGUGCAGCAAACGCCCGAGAGCGUGCGACCUCCUAAGCGUGUCUCCCAAGCAUGUGAAGCCUGCCGAUGUCCUGGAGAGAAGCCUGCGUGUUCUCUUUGCACAAGGUUGAAACAGAUUUGUGUAUACGCGGAUGAUGGAUCAAUGCCAGAGGUCAGAUCGGCCGCCAUUGAGCGACGAAUGNNACCUGGUACACCACCUACGAUACUCCCGCGAACUCCCCUUGAGUCUCAUAUCGAGAGCGCACGAGCAUCGCCUAGGGUAUCAUCGUCGAGAAGGAGGUCCCUCGAGAUGGCUGAAGGCACUACUCCGUCAGGACUUCAGAUACCACAUGAGCCCACACGCCUUGAGGUUGCUGUCCCUAUCUUGAUGAAGAAAUGGAAUUGUCAACCUAUUCCGUUAUUUCACCCAAACUUGGAGAAGGACUACAUGGCAAGAGGGUCAGAAGUCCAGUUCGCCAUCCUCGCAAUGGCAGGUCGUCUCAAUGCACGAGGACCAGAAGUCGAUGAUUGGUGCGAGGCUAAUGCUCACCGUGCAAGAGAGCUAGCCUUGGGCAGAGUUCUUGCUGGCGAAGUCAGACUGAGUACCAUACAAGCGUUCGUAUUGCUGUCUUUCUUGGACUUUACGAAUGACAAUGGGCAGCGGUCGCAUCUCUUCCUUGUGAACGCCAUCUCUCUUGCUCAAACAUCUGGCCUUCUCGACCCACAGGUGGUGAUCAAUAAUUCGGUCGAACUGGAAGAGCGAAGACGCUGCUUCUGGAGCAUUGCCAUUAUGGAGAACAUGUUCAACCUGCAAACCCUAACAUUCGGCGCCAAGAGCAUUACUUACCAUGCUUCUUUCAAACCAGUCAGUCCCAAUGCAACCUCAAAAGGAGAACUGGUAUCGCCAUCUUCGCAGAACAUCGUGGCCGAUGGUCCCGUUCCCGGCAUAAUCAUCAAUACGCUGCCCAUGUUCGACAUAUUCAANAAGACUGCGAAGUACGUCACAGAUACGAAAAAUGGUGCGCUUCCACACCCACCAUGGCAACAGCAAUCAGACUAUUCCGCGAUCCAGGCCGAUAUACUGGAGUUGGAGUCAAACUUCUACCCAGAGUACCGAUUCGACAGGACGAAAAUGAACCAGCACUCCAAAGAGGCCAUUGAGCAGAACUGGGCNUUUUGGAGUUGCUGGCUGGUUAACCAAUUUAUGUAUCACACGAUCCACAUGUUGCUAAACCAUCCUUUUCUCAUAUCGUUGCGGAUAGCUGCUGCUGGGCGUUGUCCUAGAACUUUCAGUCAGUCCUCUUCGGAUCAAGUGGUGGUGCACUCCAAUUGGAUCAUUCGUCUUUUGGACCUACUCGAGGAGAAGGAGGUCAACGUCUCAGAUCCGUUUCUGGCUUACUGUAUUUCAGUCGCGAUAACAGUGUUCAUACACUAUCGCAAUGCAGAGAUACCCAGUCUUCGCCAGAACGCGGAAAAGGGACUAUUCAAGGGUCGACAAGAAUUAGGCGAACUGUCAUCGCUGUUAAAGAACGUCGAACGCAUGGUA